UUUGUUAAUUUUUCAGGUUUUACAUGGGAGUAUCAUCAGCAGUUGAGCUCUGGGCCUUGGUUUGGCAGGUGUCCAGUUCCAUAUCUGUAUCUGUGGUCGUGGUUCUGUGGAAGCAGAAUUUGCUCACAGUAAUGUGUUCAGGAGCAUGUUAAUAUAUCAUGAGCAGCUCAGUUCAGAGCACCUCAGAGCCAUCAGUCUAUCAUUGUGCCUGUUCACAACAGUGAAUGCUGGUUAGAUGAAUGCCUAAAGUCAGUUUGGGAACAAGAUUUUAAGGGAACCAUGGAGCUGUCAAUUUUUAAUGAUGCCAGUAAGGAUGGUUCAGCUGAAAUAAUUGAAGAAUGGAAGAUGAAGUUGGAAGAAGUUGGUGUUUCAGUAAUCAUUGGAACCAAUGAUUCCUCUCAGCCUGGAGGCGUUGGAUUUGCUAAAAAUCAAGCCGUGAUUCAGAGCUCAGGAGCCUAUCUCUGCUUUCUGGAUUCAGAUGAUGUGAUGAUGCCACAGCGGGUUAGGCUGCAGCACGAAGUUGCCAUUCAACACCCAAACAGUAUUAUUGGUUGCCAAAUCAGAAGAGAGCCACUGGACUCUACUGAACGAUACACUCGCUGGAUCAAUAACCUAAGCCAGGAGCAACUUCUUACACAGGUGUUCACCUCCCAUGGGCCUACUGUGAUCAUGCCAACCUGGUUCUGCUCUCGAGAAUGGUUUUUUCAUGUGGGAAGAUUUGAUGAGGGUGGAAAGGGCGUCCCAGAGGAUUUGUUGUUUUUUUAUGAACAUCUCAAGAAGGGUGGUGGAGUCUUUCGAGUGAACCAUUGCCUCCUGCUCUACCGGUACCACCCCCAGGCUGUGACCCACUCUGUCCUAGAGGGAACCAUCUGGAAUCACCGAGUCAGGUUUCUUGAGGACAGAGUCCUGAGCUCCUUGACAUCAUUCACCAUUUGGAAUGCUGGCAAGCAAGGCAAGAAGCUCUACAGAAGCUUGUCACCAGCAAAUCAGAAAAAGGUAACUGCAUUUUGUGAUGUCGAUGAAAAGAAAAUAAUAAAAGGAUUCUACACUUAUGAGGAAUCUGAGGAGAGACCAAAACCCAAAAUUCCAGUGUGUCACUUCAGGGACGCGACUCCGCCCUUUGUGAUCUGUGUGAAGCUGGACUUGACAGGUGGAGCCUUUGAAACAAACCUGGACACGCUGAACCUGAAGGAAGGAGUUGAUUAUUAUCACUUUAACUAAACCAAGGCACAGGCCAUUUUUGGGUUUCCAGAGCACUGUAAUCACAGGGAAGAUUUGGGCAAAGCCUGAAGCGCUGCAAGUGCAGAGUUCUCUGUCACACACUGUUUGGAGCCCUCAGCCCUUCCCCACUCCCAGCACAUUCUCUGAGAGCUGCUGGUGUUUCCCAGGGCUCUGCAGAGGCCAGGGCUGGUUCAAAGGGAGCAUCCUCAGCUUUGGGGCUGUGUGAGAAGCACAGCUGAGGCUCUGGCAGCACCUGGCAGCCAGGUGAGCCCAGCUGCAGCUCCUCACCAUUCCCACUGCACCUUCCCCUGCUGGAUACUCAGGCUGUGCCAGCACAGCUUGUGCUGUUCUUGCAGCAGGGACCUACAGGUGUAACUUUACAACCCAAAAUCUCUCAAGAACAUUCUAGAAAGUUCCCUCUGAGUGGCAGUGGGGCAGCGCAGGGGCUGUGGGUGAAGGAGCAUUUCCUCCUGGGGUGUGUGCAGCACGUGGCAAAUAGCUCUGCUCAGUGGGAGCUCAGUGAAACAGUCAGUGAAGAACCCUGAGCUCCACUAAUUCCACCUGCCAGUCCAGCUUGCAAGAAUCCUUAAGAAGUGUUGAAUAAGCUCAUUUAAAGUUACUUUCUUCAAAACCAAACAGCAUCUGAGCCAGCCGGGUUGGAGCGUUGGAAGUGAGCACCUGCAGGUUGCAACAUUUACUUCACAGAGAAACUGGCUUGGUUUUAGCUUCUCUGCCUGAACUUUUCCUUCCUUUCAAAUUUGUAGAGAAGUGUCUGUAUACACACACAGCCCCUGUUCAAGUGUUGGGAUAGUGGGAUUUAAUUACAGCCAUAAAAUAACAGUGUAAUUACAAUAUGAUGUGGCCUGUGCAUUUGACCUCCCCAUCCCACUGAUCUCACUAAAAAUCAAUUUUGAAGCUAUUUCAUUUUGUAAGGGGUAAGAAAUGAGCUGGAUUCCUGGCAGCUGCUUGAAGAACUGAGUCACCUGCUUCAAAACUGAGUGUACCACAAAAACAAUUUGCCUGAAUCAGUUACAUAACGAGCUGGUAGGAGAGGCUUUGACAUCAGCUGAAGUGAAACCUGGGGUUUUUGUUUGAUUGUGACAUAGGAAUGACAGACUUUUCCACAGAGACACUUGAUACUCAGGGUGAUUUCAGCAUCACUGAGUGUUGCCAUUCUCACUCUGAAAAAUAAAUCUUGAAGAGACCAGUGCAGCAGGUCAGGUUUAAUUCUUGGUGUGUGUAGAAGCACAGGCUUCGUUCAGUCACAAACCACUGACACCAAA